GAUGCACCUCAAACUUGGAGAAUUGCACACCAAAUCCGCUCCUUGAUUCAAAACAGAGAGAUUCAUUCACUUGUUCUCUGGCGCACUCAAUCAUGGCCCACCAUCGUCUCCUCAGUCAAGAUUCGGCCAUUUUCUCUCCCUCGGUUGCUCGUAUCGCGGCUUCCACCGCCCGCGAUUGGUCCUAUGUUGACGCCUGGCUCUCCUCCAAAUUUCACCCUCGACCGGUCCCGUCUUUCGAGCGCAACAACGACACCCUUAAAGCCCUAUUAGCUCUCGCCUCUGUCAACGAAGCUGCCGAUGAUGAGCGCAACCUGGUGGCUAAGUCUGAAGCAACUGCUUUGCAGGAGCUCACCGACUCUGGGAGGAAGAUCGACAAAACUAGCCGGCCACUGAGGGAAGGCCUCAUUGAAGCCGUAGAACACAAUCUACCUACCGAUGGCCACACCGCUCUUGAUGCUAUGGCCGAUAUGACUCUUCAACUCGGAGUCGCUUUCCCAGAGCCCGACACACUAGGCCAGCGCAUGUGCCAACUUCAGGCAAGCAUCCACGAUGCUGAACAGAUGAAGGCCCGCGUCGAGGUUCUCCAUAAACAUAUAGACGAUGAAGCAGCUCGUAUCAAGGAACUUUUCAAAGAGCUACAGAGAGACGACUAUCGGCCUCCGGCACAUUUGGCCAAGCAGAACCUCGACAUGCAGCGCAAGGUCAAGGCAUUGUCCGCCAAACUACCUGAGCUUCAAGACAAGGUUGCUGCUCUGGCUACAUCCACCGACUCCUCGCACCCAACCGUUGCCGACCUCGCUCGCGACGAGCAAGAAUACUUGUCAGUGUUGUCACGAAAGAAGGAGCUUGACCUCCAGCUGGCCACGUUUCAAGGUCUUCCUAGCAAUCCAGACAUGGCCAGAGCAGAACUCGAAGAGCUCCGAGAUCAGCUACGUUCCGUAGAAUCGCAGCGUGAUGCUGUCUUUGAAGGCUUAGUGGAACGUGAAAGUCCUGUUAAGCGACGACGCUGAGUUUGUCUUAUUUGAUCCUUGGCCUGAUACUAUACAUUAAUGAACCUUGAACACUGCCAACUCUACUUCCGCAUCAAGUCGACACACCUGACAAAUAACGCUCAAUACCUAUAUAACCAAACUGGAAUCAGUCGCUAUGGGUUUCG